AUGCCCACCGUGGCGAACGCAGAUCGCGGAAUCUUCUACCGGAAUCUGGAUGGGGCUAGAAAGUGUCUUGGAGAGAACAUGGUCGAAUGGGUGAGUCUCGAAUCUGGGCCAAUGAGUGCCAUGACUAUGGCAGCAAUGCAUAACAGACUUGCCAAUGCUAGUAGAACCUUGGGGAAGUGA